CUGGCAUGUUUGAGGUGCACACAUAACAAUUGCUGAUUGUUGAACUAUUUCCAUCUGGUUCCUUCAAAUGAUAUAUAGUAUUGGGAAAAUGGUAGAAAAUGCACUCAGUUGGAACUGCUUUAAGUGUCAAAAUAGUUACUUCAAGCAUUUAGAUGCUUAAAUCAAGUUGCAUUCUUUCGUUUACAUCUUAACGAUGUACCUUAACCUUAAUCUUGCUGUGGAACAUGUACAAUGUUUUCUAUCCUUAUUUUUUACCUUAUUGGUCUGGUUUAAUUGUCAAGUUAUAAUUAUUGGUUCUUACAAAAUCAUAAAUGAUCAGCAUAUUUGUUUACAAAGUCACGCAUUUGUGUAGUAAAACAUACAGCUUUUGUUAAGAUUAGGAAAAGGUUUCUCCGAUGAGGGGGAUCCAGUAGGAAAGCUCUCAAUCGUUGGAUUACGAUAUUCAAAAGCUGAGAUCAUCUCAAGUUCCUAUUUAAUCUCUUCUAUCUCCAACCCUAAUCGGGACAUCCCCCUCAAUCUGUCUCACCGUGCCGCCAUUGCCAUCCCCCUCGCCAUUCCAUCCUCGUACUCUCGUCCCCUAUUGCAACAACACCAGAUCUGCCGCUGAUACUCUCUUCAGCCUGUCUCCGAGGCCACUUGCAGGGGCACCUUGAUAAUCCCCUCAUCAAUCUAUCCCGGAUCUCGAUUCCUUCAUCGUCGAACCCGUCCACAACCAGUGCCAUUCUCCUUCUAUUACCAAAUCAUUGGAUCUAACAUUGGGGAAAAUAGUCAAGUCUUAAGGAUCCUUGGUGCAUCUAGCGGCUACCACUUUCAACAUUGCAAUUUCGUUGCCACCCCACCCUGUUGUUGAUGAAGAAAAUGGUAUGCCGCUUCUUAGCUAUGGUCUUCUCCUGUUUUAAGCCCAAUCCACUUUCACAGCAAGACACAAUCAGCGUAAAUGAGUCAAUCAGUGAUCAGGGCACGGGCCGCUCCUCCAAUCUGAUGUGCCUCCUGGCGGAUGAAGUACUCAUUGAGAUUUUCCUUCGCCUCCCCCCACACCCUUCUUGCAUUCUUCGUGCCUCAAUUGUCUGUAAGCACUGGCGCCACCUGAUCACCAGCACCUUAUUUCUCCGCUGCUUUCAUGAAUUUCAUCAAAUGCCUCCCCUGCUUGGUUUUUUCACUAACUCCACUAGGAUACCUCACUUUCUCCCUUAUGGGGACACUCCGAAUCGUGUCAUAGCUGCAGCCUUCUCCCUGCCUGAUCCCUACUGGCAGGUCCUCUGCUGUCGCCACAGUCAUGUUAUCCUUGUUAACUCAAUUUGGACAAGAAUUCUGGUGUGGGAUCCCAUGACUGGUGAAAAACGCUUUGUAUCCAUGCCAAAUUUAACUAUUGAGCCCGGAAGCCAAGUUGCAGUGUUUUGUCGAGCUGGCCACAAUGACCACUCUUGCCCCUUCUUCAUAGUUUGGGUAUACACCAUCGGAAUCACUGCUUAUGCCCGUGAAUACUCAUCUGAGAGGGGGACCUGGAACUUAUUUAAGAUUUCAUCAGUACCAUUUGGAUCUAAGGUUGAUUCCAGGCCUAGUGUCCUUGUUGGGAAUGUCUUAUAUUGGCUUCUUAAGCCAAAUCAUAUCCUUGCAUUUGAUUGUGGCACACGUAAGUUGCAUUGUAUUGAGUGUCCACCCGAAACAAAUGAUAUCUGUAGGAGGAAUGUCCAUGUUAUGAAGGUCGAGGAUGGGGGGCUAGGCCUUAUUGCUGUGAUGCAGUUCGGCCUGCUCUUGUGGGCAAGGGAGACCAAUGCUGAGGGUGCUCCAAGUUGGGUACUGCGCAAGGUCAUUGAUUUGGAUGCGUACCUUCCAGUGGCAGUGGCAGCUCUUCCAUCCACAGAUAAUCAUACCACUAGAAGGCCUGCAGUCAUGAUACUGGGGAUCAUUGAGGAUGACGAUGUGGUAUUCUUAUGGAUGAUAUCUGGUGUCUUUGCAGUCCAGCUCAAUUCAAUGCACUUCAAGAAGAUUUUUGAGUCUGAUGUCUCUGUAGCUAUUUUUCCGUACAAAAGCUUUUAUAUCGCAGAGAUGCUAGGUUCGGACUCCGGCAAGGGCUUCGUAGGCCAUUGAAGCUUUGACUAAGCUAAUGGCCAACAUGAAGGAGCAGAUGGGCGAGUUGGCUUUGCGGUUGGCGGCCAUUGACAAGAAAGCAUCAACAACAGCAGGCUAAUUGGCUGCCUUGCAGGUCAGUCUACCGUCAGUUAGUUUGCCACCGCAACAACCUCCAUUGCCGCCACAACCAUCAUUGCCGCACUAGCCACCUCCUUCAACAACAACGCUCGGUUCCGCCCGAUCCGCGACCGCGUCGGCUUCCUCACCGUCGCAGGUCGCAACCUUCACUUCGCAUUGGGAUCCAGUCGGAUCGUCACUCGCCUCCAGCCGCCGCUCGCCGUCACACGUCGCCGCCCGAGCCGCACCGAUCCUGCUCAGCUCGGCCACAGGAUUUGCUACAAAGUCUCCAGCCAUAAAAGAUCUUGUGUGGCCACAGCCGAUCUGAGACUAUGUUGUGUCAUCGCUAAAGUCAUCAACUAGCCAAAUUUGCUACGCGCACACAGAAGAUCUACACCACCAUGGCUGCCACCACAGCUCGAGGACGAGCUAUCUUGCAAUGAGGGGUGAAGUUACGUGUGUGAACAUUACCCACAAUGGUACUGUAGCGAGAGAGCAGUUUGUUAGUCAAAUUGGUUUGUUAGACUCUUAUCUUAUCUAGAGUUAGUCGAGUUGUUAGAGUUAGACCUAUAUAAGGUACACGGCUGUCACCUUUUGUAAUCAAACAUGAAGAAUUAAUCUAGUCUCCCUCAAUAUUCUAAGUCUCCCCGAUAAAUGAUCUAAUCCCUCCCCUAGCAGCUGCCGCUGCUCGCUCGGCUAUCCUUCCAGUGGAUGUUUAUCCUAACACAUCAAUGUCCUAUUUUGUAUUCUUUGACCAAGUUAAUGGGAAACAAUGCACUUAUCUGUAUUUUCCUCUAGAAACAGUGCAAUUAUGUACCAUGCAGGGAAUGAAUUUUAUCUGGAGUCUGAAUGCUAGCUAUCUAUGGUUUUCUUACAAGGGAUACUGGUAGUAGUGAAAUGUUCCCUAUCCUUGUAUGUGAACUUAAUAUGUUGCUGUUGGUAAAGCCAAAUGUAAUUUUGUGCAUAUUUUGUCUGUAUCCUAUUUUAUAGUGCUAGCAUAACAUUUCUUCUCCCUGCUCCUAUUGCGGUACUGUUUCACCAUUCGAUGCUUGAUUUUCUUCUUAUUGGGCCUAAGCAUGUUUGUUUUCCUCCUGU